AUGGCGGACGCUAGGAAAGUAUUUGUCACUGUGGGAACAACGAGUUUUGAUCGCUUAAUUGAAACAGUCUCUAGCAAAGUAUUUCUUGAGGUACCUAAGAUAGCCAUUAUUGAAUAUGCUACUGCUACUUUUUUUUCUGCUGAUGAUCGCGAGAUUUGCCUUGCAACUUACGAUACUAAUUUACACAUUGAACUGGCAGUUCUGUACUUAAAACGAGAGACACCCAUUAUGGACAGAAGACUCGCUUGAUGAUUUGAUAAUUUAGACUGGAGCUGGCCCUUUUGAACCAGUAUGAAACUACGAUUCACUACUUUGAACUAGCGAUCGUAACUUGGAACAGAAGAAUUACUGCUCUAAACAGGGAAUCAAGUUUCCCGCAGAUUGAGGAUAAUUUUUAUAUAUUAUUUCUCAGCUUUAAAAAAACAGUUCUUGUCCUAUCUUACAUUCACAGCUGUUUGAAAAACUAGGCUAUGGUUCUGUCGUUCUACAAAUAGGAAGAGGUGUUUUUGAACCAGAGAUCAUAGAUAAGAAGAAUUUAUCAAUGCAAUACUACCGAUAUAAAGAUUCAAUUGCAGAAGAUAUACAAAGCGCUUCACUUGUGAUCAGUCAUGCUGGUAAGUUCAACUUUAACUAGUUAUUAACAGACUUUUAAAGAACUAGUAUGCUCAUAAUGGCUGACACUGAGCGACCAUUUGCUAUGGUCGCCACCAGCUUACAAGUAAAUACCUAGUGAAAACUGUGAGCUACGGAUUAUUUAGUCAAGCACAAUACAAUAGAGGUAAAUGGAUUAUGAGAUGACGUGUAAUUUCUGUCUAUAAUUUUCUGUGGAUUCUAUUCAUAAAUGGCUUGGAAGUAAACCUAAUCAUGCAAACAUCCAGAAAUGAGAAGACUUGUCAAGCUCAAUUAAUCAAUACUAAUUGGUGUCUAAUCCAAAAUGAUAGCUCUUCUUAUAGCCGUAAACGCUAAUCACUCGUAUUUCAAACUUUACUAGAACAAACUUGACACAUUGUUGAAUACGGUAACUGAAAAUAACAAAAUUACAAACACGCGAAUGAGCAUAAAAUAACUUACAUCAUAUGAGUGAAAGUACUGGAAAACGACAAAGUGAAAUAAACAAGAACACUUACAAGACGAAUGUGACCAAACCAAAGACAAAAAACACGAAUCUCAGAGCUAGAUAUGUAACAAUAAUUUUCGCAAACUACACAACUAACCGAAUAUAUUACGCGCGAACAAUAUAUAUAUGAUAUGCAAAUAAAUAUAACAAGUACAAAACUGGUAACUGACAAAGGACACUAAUGAAAACAAGAAAAUAAACACCUAACACGAAACUACGAAACACCAACACUAACAAAAAAUGAUAAUACAAAUUCUUGCCUCAUUGAUACUUACAACAUACUUUAUUAAUUUUGUUAUCAUCUUAAGGGGCUGGAAGUGUUUUAGAAACUUUACAAGCAGGCCGACCACUAAUUGUUGUAAUAAAUGAACUUCUGAUGGAUAAUCACCAGUUGGAGUUAGCAAGUCAACUUGCUGAAGAUGGUCAUUUAUCUUAUGCUACCUGUGGGUAUGUUAUUUCUUCUUUCAUGAUUUGGUCAGCCAGUUUUUGGGCAGAGAACAGAUCCUUAUGAUUACAGUUAGAAGUAGAUAGAUUGAUAAAUGUGAUAAAUUUCUUGCUCAGUCAAGGAACAAAGAAAGAUAUUGAAUUCAAAUGUAUUUGUUGGGACCAAAAAGCCCCUAGUUUUGAGCUACAGAACUUCUAAUCUCUUGGUAAGGUGCUCUACCAACAUAGGCAUUACAGAAAGCUCAUUUGUGAACUACAUAAGGUCAUAUUGAUACAACAUGUUGGUUCACCCAUAACAAUCAGCCAAAUGAAACACAUCCUAGGUUGUCCAGAACAGGUACUAAGGAAGAUAUAACUUUCUGUUUACAAAAACUUUUUUAGGAAAAUUCCUUGUAAAUUUUGUGAAAAGUUCAUUUUUAUUAAAAAUAUUUUAUAUUUUGGUCUACAGCACUCUAGAAUCGAUCAUUAGAGAACAGAAUUUUUCCAAACUGAAGCACUUUCCUUCUGGCAAACCUGAAUUGUUUUCAAUGUUCUUGGACAAGGUCAUGGGAUUUGAUGAUUCCUGACAAAGUGCUUCCAUGGAAAAUACCCAGUGGCACUGUGAAAACCAAUUAAUGGUUUCUCGAGGAAUUGAUGCUUGUAAUGAUUGAAUCAGUUGUGAGUUGUUGUCCAUCGCCACUUGAAGGAAUUGAAGAAAAUGUUUGACAAUUUUUAAAAACAUGUUUUGACAGUUCCUCUUUCAUCUUCAGUUCUGAUUGAUACAAAAUACAAAGUUGAAUUUAAAGUGUGUAACAAAAUGCUCAUUGGACAAAACACAAUAGAAACAAAACAAUGUAACUAUACAAUUACAAGGAAAGUUUCAAAUUAACAUGAUAAAGUUGAUAAUUAAGUGUAGGUUGCUCUCAUUCAACUUUGUACUUUGUAUAAAUCAGAACUGAAGAUGGCAGAAGAACUGUCAAAACGCAUUUCAAAAAUUGUUGUUUAUUUUCUUAAAUUUGUGACAUAUCUGCUGCUUUCCAGACCACUUGAAGGAACAUUUGAAAAUCACACCAAUUUCCCUAAAUGUUUUAAAAUACAGAAUAUAACUAGGAGUGAUAAGCUGAUAAGAUAUUAUGAUAUUCAUGACAAAAAGCUGUAAAGGUACUGUGUAAUAACAUAGCUCAAGGAUAUUACAUAGUGGAAUGGAAAAGACAAGGGUUGUCUCGUUGAGAGGGAAAAGCAUUGAGCUUAUUUGACAAAUGAGCCUAAAAUGGUCUGAUAAGAAGCAAGUUUAUUGCUGAUCCCAAUCUGUUUGUGUUUUCCAGUUUUGUGUGGUGUAUGAUGGUAAAUUUUGCAUUUACUAUUGACACAGUUACGAAUGAUGCUUUUUUUUUUAAAAGCUGCUUUGGACAGAGAGAGAUGUAUACUUUCAGAUAAAAUGUGUGUCAUGGUUACAGUUCUUACAGUAAACUACACCCAUCUGGGGAUUUCCUUGUUUUGCUCAGUCCCCUCACUUCACUGGGUGGUGGUGAGGCUAGGGACCGGUCAUUAUUUUUUGGGUUCAACAUUAACUUCACAAACACACACUUUGAGUGGAGCUACUGCAUUUAAUGAUUAUACAAGUAGGAUAUCAACAUAUUCUUGACCAAACUUUGUUACACGAUUUCUGAUAUUAACUAAACCUCUGCAAUUCUAAGAGUUAGGAAACGUUUACGUAUCCGUUCAUAUCUAAUUGCGCAGAUAACCCAAACCAAAGACUACGCACGUGAACAGAAUGAGAAUGCUGACUUGAACUCCUGCGGAUGAGUUACAGAGGUCUUCAGUGCAGCACUUCAUGUGACAUUUGACAUUUUUAACCCCAGAAGAUUUUAUAUUUUUACACAUUAGAUCAUUCUGGUCUGUACACUGCGCGGCAGUAGUGCAGCCUUUUCCGUAAGUCUUGACUGUUUGUGAAUUGAUAUCGUAGAAGAUUUCUCCUCUGUAGCAUCGAUCAAAUCCAGAAGUGCAGUCCACUUUUUCGUUUUCAGAGCAGUCAUCAAACGACUCAGAGCUGGCACAGUUGUAGCAUCUCAGCCCAAAAACUGUAUCAAACAAAUGAAAUCAAGAAGGAUCAACACGUAUCUCAGCGUUAUCGGGGGAGAAGGGAAACGUUUUUCCCCUAGCCAAUGUCAAUUAAUCUUGUUCACAAAGUAACGAAUGAAGAACAGGGAAUGAUGAAUGGAAAGUAAAGGGUUAUUUCAUGCUGUUUGUUUGACAGAGGACGACCACAAACUUUAAAACGCCCGUAUAGAGUUGUCGCUCUGCUUUUUAAACCUUAUUUUUCAUACGCGCUCUCGUUGCCAUCGCCAGCUUGUUUGGUUUAGUUUCCUGAGUAUUUAAACAAUGAUUUUCAUAUUUUUUUUGUGACUGGCGCGUAGAUGAUGUUAUGGGACCAAAGCUUUAGGUCGACAUUCACAUCCUAGAAUUAUAAAGGAUGUUUGCAACAUUAACCUGACUUAAACUGACUGACUUUUUACAGCCUAAGAUCUAUGGUGAUGACAUAAAUUUAACUGAUGCCAAUGUAGACUUUAAACAUAUUGAUGAUUGUCUUAAUUACAAUUUAAAUAGGAUCUACCCAUGGCUAGCUGCUCAUAAACUCACCCUUAGCUAGGUAAAAAACUCAAUUUAUAUUAUCAUAUCGCAUCGAGGCGGAUGCUAUCACGAUCAAUUGCCAUUCGGUGGUACAGGCUCCGUCCAAGAAUUUGCUGGGGUAUAUAUUGAUCAUAAACAGAACGUGUGGGAUUGUCACAAAAAGAGCGUUUGUAGAAAAGAUUGCCUCUGCCUUGUGUGCAAUUAAAAGAAUAAGGCGUCCUGCUCCUUUAAAUCUUCCAAUUGAUUUGUGAAACAAAUUUGAUUCUUGCAGCGUUGUUUAAGGCAACUGCGGCAUCGGCCUAUGUGAAAAACUACCGAUUGAACUCCAAAACCGCGCAGCCCUGAUUUUAUUAUAUGCA